GAGAGCGUUUGUUAUUGGCGGUGACGCAAGAACGCAUCUCCCCGCCCCUUCCCUCCUGUUGUGCGGUGCAUCUGUCUGCGCGAUUCUCUAGCCACCGUAUCGACUUCAGUGUUUAUUUGGUUGUCAUGGCGGAGGGACGUGGAGAACUACCGCCUCGUUCGCCGCUGCACCUAUCCCUACCACCGGCCAGCAAGCGACCUUGCUUGCGACCCGCUCCUCGUGGACCGGGUCCGGGGCCUGGGCCGGGAUAUUCGAACUCUCGUCUUCGCUCUCCGGAAUCUCUUUUGGACUGUGCUGCUAAGGCCGUAGCGGAGAAAUGGGCCUUCGAAAGGGUGGAGGAACGCUUCGAGCGGAUCCCGGAGCCAGUUCAGCGCCGCAUUGUGUACUGGUCAUUCCCGAGGAACGAAAGGGAAAUUUGUAUGUAUUCGUCGUUUCAGUGUCGCGUUGCUGGAGAAGAAGGUCCAGCCGUGGGCUCAAACGCUUCCGUUGGGUCUGGGGCUGUCCCUGGAGGGGUUACAACCACAACGGGGAACACGGGGGCAGGGGGCACCGGAGAUGGGCUUCCUUUCCGCCGGGGGAUCCGGCUUUUGGAGACUGGUUGUGUGGAAAAUGUCUUACAAGUCGGUUUCCACCUCAGCGGCACGGUUACUGAGCCGGCCACGGCAUCGGAGCCAGAGGUCACCCACCGCGUGGCCAUCAGCUUCGACCGCUGCAAGAUCACCUCGGUGACAUGCGGCUGCGGCAACCGCGACAUCUUCUACUGCGCGCACGUGGUGGCGCUCUCGCUCUACCGCAUCCGCAAACCGGAGCAGGUGAAGCUGCGGCUGCCCAUCUCCGAGACGCUCUUCCAGAUGAACCGCGACCAGCUGCAGAAGCUGGUGCAGUACCUCAUCACCGCGCACCACACCGAGGUGCUGCCCACCGCCCAGAAGCUCGCCGACGAGAUCCUCUCCUCCAACUCCCAGAUCAACCAAGUGCACGGUGCUCCGGAUCCCACAGCUGGGGCCAGUAUUGAUGACGAUAACUGCUGGCACCUGGAUGAGGAGCAGGUCAGGGAGCAGGUCAAACAGUUCCUGUCCCAAGGAGGUUACUAUGGCUCAGGCAAACAGCUCAACUCCAUGUUCGCCAAGGUGCGGGAGAUGCUCCGGAUGCGUGACUCGAACGGAGCCCGCAUGUUGACCCUCAUCACAGAGCAAUUCAUGGCCGAUCCUCGUCUGUCACUGUGGAGACAGCAGGGCACAGGGAUGACGGACAAGUGUCGGCAGCUCUGGGACGAGCUAGGUGCUUUGUGGGUGUGCAUCGUGCUGAACCCCCACUGCAAGAGCGAGGAGAAGGGCGGCUGGCUGAAGCAGCUGAAGAAGUGGAGCGACAUGGACAUCUGCCCCCUGGAGGACGGCAACUACGGGAGCGAGCUGCCCAACAUCACCAACGCCCUGCCGCAGAGCAACCUGGCCCAAGACUCUUUGGGCCGGCCGCGGCGGACGGUGUUCACGCGGGCUGUGGAAGCGUGCGACCUGCACUGGCAGGACAGCCACCUGCAGCGCAUCAUCAGCAGUGACUUCUACAUGUCCCCGGCCUACCAGAGAGAGGGUGAGAGCCUGCUCUUCAAUCCCCAGGGCCUGCCACUCUGGCUGGAUCAUGUACCAACUGCAUGCGCAAGAGUGGAUGCUCUCCGUUCCCAUGGUUACCCCCGUGAAGCCUUGCGUCUGGCUGUGGCCAUCAUCAACACCUUGCGGCUACAGCAACAUCGACAGCUGGACAUUUACAAGCACCAGAAAAAAGAGCUCCUCCAGAGAGGAAUGACCACUACUACAAAUCUAGAGGGGUGGGUCGGCCAUCCUUUGGACCCCAUUGGCUGCCUUUUCGCCACUCUCACUGAGACCUGUCGAAUGGAGGACGACAACGCCAUGGAUACUGGAGACUCUGGCGAGCCCAAGCCGCCGGUGUACCAGCACGUGUCGGUGUGGGGCUGCCCGGACGGCAGCGAGUCGUACCUGGCCCUGGCGCUGGAGGUGGCGCUGAUGGGCAUGGGGCAGCAGCGGUUGAUGCCCGAGGGCCUCUACGCCCAGGACAAGGUGUGCCGCAACGAGGAGCAGAUCAUCGCCCGGCUGCAGGAGCUGGAGCUGGACGAGCUGCUGGUGCAGACGCUGCGCAAGCAGGCCAUCCUGCUGCUGGAAGGCGGUCCUUUCAGCGGCAUGGGCGAGGUCAUCCACCGGGAGAGUGUGCCCAUGCACACCUUUUCCAAAUACCUGUUCACCGCGCUCCUGCCCCACGAUGCCGAUCUGGCCUAUAAAGUGGGACUGCGUGCCAUGAGGCUUCCUGUGUUGGAGUCCUCGGCUCCAUCAGGCGAUGUCGGUCACCAUGGCAUCUCUAUUGUGCCUAGUCGUUAUCCACGCUGGUUCACCCUCGGCCACCUGGAGUCACAACAGUGUGAAGUGGCCUCCACCAUGCUCACAGCAGCAAAAGCUUUGCAUCAUGGUCUUGGGGGUGUGGUGUGUCUAGGGGACAUGUUGCGGCUUCGGACGGUACUCGAGGCCAUCCAGAAGAACAUCCACUCUCCUUCCCUCAUCUUCAAACUGGCCCAGGACGCCUUUAAAAUCGCCACACCUGCCGACAGCCCUCCGGACAUCACCCUGCUCAACGUGGCCUUAGAGCUCGGCCUUCAGGUGAUGAGGAUGACACUGUCCACGCUCAACUGGAGACGCAGAGAGAUGGUGCGCUGGCUGGUCACCUGUGCCACGGAAGUCGGCCUGCGCGCUCUGGUGAGCAUCCUUCAGGGCUGGUACACGCUCUUCACCCCGACCGAGGCCACCAGCAUCGUGGCGGCCACCGUCAUGUCCCACAACACCGUGCUGCGCCUGAGCCUGGACUACCCGCAGCGCGAGGAGCUGGCCAGCUGCGCCCGCACGCUGGCGCUGCAGUGCGCCAUGAAGGACCCGCAGAACUGCGCGCUGUCGGCGCUCACGCUCUGCGAGAAGGACCACGUGGCCUUCGAGACGGCCUACCAGAUCGUCAUCGACGCCGCCUCCACCGGCAUGACCUACUCGCAGCUGUUCACCAUCGCCCGCUACAUGGAGCACCGCGGCUACCCGCUGCGCGCCUUCAAGCUGGCGUCGCUGGCCAUGGCCCACCUCAACCUGGCCUACAACCAGGACACGCACCCGGCCAUCAACGACGUGCUGUGGGCCUGCGCGCUCAGCCACUCGCUGGGCAAGAACGAGCUGGCCACCAUCAUCCCGCUGGUGGUCAAGAGCGUGCACUGUGCCACCGUGCUCUCGGACAUCCUGCGCCGGUGCACCAUGACGGCGCCGGGCCUGGCCGGCAUCCCCGGGCGGCGCAACUCGGGCAAGCUGAUGUCCACGGACAAGGCGCCGCUGCGGCAGCUGCUGGACGCCACCAUCAGCGCCUACAUCAACACCACGCACUCGCGCCUCACGCACAUCAGCCCGCGCCACUACGGCGAGUUCAUCGAGUUCCUCAGCAAGGCGCGCGAGACCUUUCUGUUGGCGCAGGACGGACACAUCCAGUUCGCCCAGUUCAUAGACAACCUCAAACAGAUCUACAAGGGCAAGAAGAAGCUCAUGAUGCUGGUACGCGAACGCUUCGGUUGAGCCGCGGGGGUGUCAGGGGAAGGGGUUUCAUAAGGAACUACUUUUUUUUUUUUGUCAUCUAUUUAAAUGCAUUAGUUUCGUUUUUUUUGUUUUCCCUCUCUUGUUUUGUUUCCUUUUUUUUUUUUUUGCUUUUAUUUUUUGAAGAUUUUAUCUGUUUUUAUUUCAGGUUUGUGAGAGUGUGUGUUUGUGUAUGUGCGUGUGAGAUUUUUUCUUGUGUGUGUGUGUGAGUAAUCGCGAUUCACUAAAUUAUUCUACCAGGUAGAACCUGUGGAAGAUAAGUAGAAACACAUGGAGAAUGGAGGAGUAUUUUUUGCUUAAUUUAGGAAGAAAAGCAUAUUGUGGUUUAAAACAAUUGUAGAAGUGGCACAUAGAGAUAAAACCAAAUGAUAACUUGGGGCAUACUUUGAGCCAGGGGAAUCUUUCCGUCGACAUGGUCAGGGGGGGCGGAUAUCGCAGAAGCUUGAAUAAUCAGAAAACACACAAACAAAUGUAGAACGUCAUUCAUUCAAACGCGCAAAAGCCAGUGUUAAUACCUCGACUGGAUUCCAAGACUCAGCUUUAAUAACUCCGUGUGUGAAAGAGGAGCCAGCCUCUGGCCUUCUUGCUGUACGGAGGACAGGAACGGGUGAUGGCUACACACCAUAGACAUAUAUAGAUGUCUAUGGUACACACCAUUAGCAUUCAGCACCCAAAAACAAACGGCUAACCCUCAGACGCCCCCCUCCCCUCCGCCUACCCCCAGCCAAGCUACGGACCCCCUCUUCCCCUCUCUACUUUUCUGUACAUCCCGAUCGGGUUGAGUCGCAUCUCCUUUUCAAGUAUCAACAGCAGUACUUUUUUUUUUUUUAUAUAUUAGAGAGGUGAAGAAAAAUAUGACAAAGACUGUUGUCAAGUUAAUAAGGUGGAGUUUGGUACUCCCCUUCUUCCACAGAGAAAUGUGAAGACAUGUGAAGGCUGAAGUGAGGGUGUAGCAGACUUCAAGCUAGCGGGGCUGCAUUCAGUGUAGCUUCACAUGGACAGGGGAGAGAAGGAACAGAAGCCUUCAAUAAUUUUGUUCUUAAGACCCCCCCCACCCCCCCAUUCUUAUAGUUUUCAACAGUUGUAAUGAAAGCAUAGGGAGGAGCAGGAAGGGAGGGGGGGGGCAACCACGUCACACACACACACAAAGAUAAUAAACUGAAGAUGCUAACUGUGUUGGAAAAAUUGACCUAAUUGGCAAAGUUUUAAAGAUUUUUUGUUUGUGAUUUAUUAUCUGGGGGGUGGGGGUUAAUGAUCGUGUUAGAUGUUCCACAUUCCAUGAUGGCCACCCUCCACAAAGUGCCCCAGUGUGAACACGUAGAACAUUGUGAACACGUAGAACAUUGUGAACACGUAGAACAGUGCGAACACGUAGAACAGUGUGAACACGUAGAAUGCACUCUGCGACAUGCAGCUGAAGGAACACGGGAGGAGUGGAGGGGGAAAAAAAGAAAAGAAAAGAAACAAAACGAAACGAAAGGAAACGUGAAAAGAGAUGCUCAACGCCGUUCUCAGGGAAUCACUUAAAGAAACAAUACAAAAAGUAGUAGCAGAAACAUUUAAGAUAUUGUAAAUAUGAAAGUGUCAAUUCAAGAAAAAGUUGUAAAGUUAUAAUUAUUUAUGAUGACUGUAUGUUUUUUUUUUGGUUUGGUUUUGUGGUUGUUUUUCUUUUCAGAUACUUGAAUUUGUUGUGGGCUGGGAAUGUGACAACAGCAAGAGGAGAGAGGAAAGACUUUAAAAAUUCUCAGGUGCUCCUGUGUACAUUUCUCUGAUUUGUUUUCAUUUGUUACUGUUUUGCAACCUGUUUUGCAAGAGAUUGAAGAUAGGAGGACAAUUGUGAGCAGAAAUGAACAGACUAUGCAGACCACGUAAUGGUACCCCCUUCUCCCCAACACACACACACACACAUACACACACACACACACACACACACACACAUAUACUAGUCACACACUAGCCUUUUUUUUUUCUCUGGAGCGGUUCCCAGCAUACUGAGCGAGAGAGUGGGAUGUUUUUUCCCUACAUUUUUGACAGACACAGAGAGACAAAUAGAUACAGCCGGUUCCCACCCAACAAGUAUCUGCAUGUAGUGCGAACCGCAGCUGGCCUUUGCCUUUGAUAGAUUGACACACAAGUUCUUACUUCAAACUUUAAGCCUUAUUGUAUUCUCUUUAAAGCACCAGUGUGUGUUUUCAAGACUGUAGCGAUGGAGAAAUAUCGCCUUUGGCCCUCACACCUCCCCCUGAGACUUGAGGCGGGGUGCGGUGGGGGACGGUUAGGGCCCUGUGCUGGCCUGCCAUCGCCCUUCCCUGUGGUGACAUGCUUUCCCCCCCCUGACUCGAUGCUCAGCACAGGCAGAGGGGUGGUUCUUUGUUUUUUUUAAUUUCUUCUCCUGUAGGGACAGGGAGAGGGCACUCCGGAAGGAAUAACUAGGUAGACCCAGUCAGAAGCCUCUCCUCAAGACGAGCAGACCGAGGGAAUACUUGCCUUUUUUUCAAGAAACAUAUUACUGCAGGAUGAGCUAGUGUUGCCUGUUCUAUACAAAAAGCAAGCAAGCAAGUUUUUCUUUUUUUUUUUUUUUAUGUUUCGUAGUGGAAUUAGACGGUCCUAUGCCAUUGCAAAGAAAAUAAAAAAACAAAAAAACAAAAAAGAAAUCAAAAAACUCCUUUGGCUUUCCUCAGUCCCCACUCCCAUACUCUGAGUGUCUAUAUGUGUUAACUGUACCAGUGUUUAAACCCGUCCCUAGACUUUUUAGAAGGAAAGCAUAAUAAUCGCUGGUAGAGAUUGUUCACUAGUUCAUCUACUGUUUAAAUUUUGUUUGUUUUUAAUUUUAUUAUUUUUUUACUGUUUAUUUAAGGGAAAGUGUUUGUCGCCUCUUUGUGCUACUGAAUUGUAAGAAAAAAGGUAUCCAGUAUUUGUUGCCACAAAAGUAUAGUUCAUCAACACUUUUUGUUUGUGCAACCUCUUGAGCUAAUGUCUAUAAACAAAAAUUUAUUACUAUUUAUGUAAUGCUACUACCAUUUUAUAUGAUUUGUGUUGGAAUUUCAGUGCUUUUCUAUGAAUAAAGUGUGAAACACGU